AUGUCCUCAUCAGAGACUGAAAGCAGUCAUCAUUCUGAUCAUGACCGUUCGACUCGCUCAGGUCAUAUUCAGCCUUCAGACCACAAUUCCCAUUCUCGUUCCUCUUCUCACUCCAGGUCUGGCUCUUCUCGGAAACAUCAUCAUCAAAGCCGCUCCAAAUCCAGAGUAGCUCAUGUGGAUUCAUUGGCAAAGAACUUGGCUCAAGAAAACCAAAAGUUGAAACGAAAGAUUGAUGCUCUGCAGCUUGAAAAUGCCUCGAAUUCCAAGAAAAGUCGACGCCAGGGUGCGGAAAAAUCAAUUGAGAAUCAAGGACAAGCUUUGGGCAGAAUCGCAACACUAUACACACCCAUUGCGUCUCUGGUCAGGAUAUUUUUUGCUGAUGAAACUGAUGCCAAAGAAGAAGAUCCUGUUGACCUUGAUGAGAAAGAGUUAGAGGAAUAUUUUGUACAUCAGAUGGAAAAGCGCAAAACACAGCGUGAUAUACGAGCAUACCAUAUUGUUGCUGGAACAGUACCUGGUUUCCAAAAGGCAGUAGACUUGGCAGGAACAGAUGUAGGUGCUAUUCUCAGUCUGUGCAAGCAGUUACAAACUGGCAGUAUCUCAGCCCGUAGUGAUGAUGUUCAUACACUCAUGAUUGAGCUUGCAAACUGGUUUAACUUUCGACCGAUUCCCUUCCGUGCCGAUCCUUUGCUCCUCAACCAUAGCCGUGAACUUCGAGGCUUCAAACAUGAUCUAACGGGGAAGGCAGACGAUGUCAUGCUGAUGUUGCAAAUAAAGGAUGAAGAAGGUAAUCCAACUGAUGUCGAAGAUGGGUUCCUUCAUGGCACGUUACUCAUCCAGACUUGGCAUCAAAUUUUCCGAGCAAGCGGCUCUAUUUCGGACGAUGAGAUCUCAAGCUCACACAAAGUCAGCAAUACCCCGGCACCAGUCCCGCAAAGUAACAAGGCUAGGACAUCAACAAAACAGAGUCUCGCUGAGCUUUAUGGCCUCAAAAAAGUCACUCCGCAAACCAUUGCAUACUGCUGCGUACUGCUUCGCUUCUCUCUCUCAAAUGCCAAAAAAUGGGGACAAGACCGCUCGUUCAAUUAUGAAGGUCUGUACAAUGAAAUGAUUGAUUACUUUGAGGCUGCAGACCCAGAAGACGAGGAGGUGCAGAAACACUUAGCAGAACUGCUGCAAUGGUGGAAUGAGCAAGCUUUUGCAGAAGAGGAUGCUUCGGGCAGUCUCAAGCCAUCUUUCCAUUUUCAAUCUACUCUGGAAGAACAACGUUCAGCAAAAGCUUCUAUCACAGCUGCGGCGCCCACUGCUAGUAAUGAUGCAAAUGCUCCUACGGCCUCGGCCCCUCCUUAG